GCCGCGAGCAGCUCCUACUACUGCUGGGCUGGGUUGGGCUGGGCUGGGCUGGGCUGGGCUGGGCGAGCUGCGCCGGAGCUCUCUCGCACAGAUCGGCUCCAAAGGGCGGAGAAAAGCCACUCUACUCUGACCAAGCCUCAGGAACUAAGUGUGUCUGAAAAACACAGCCACCACUCCGAUGGCCAGCAACAACACCGCCAGCAUAGCACAAGCCAGGAAGCUGGUAGAACAGCUGAAGAUGGAAGCCAACAUUGACAGGAUAAAGGUAUCCAAGGCAGCUGCAGACUUGAUGGCCUACUGUGAAGCUCAUGCCAAGGAAGAUCCACUCCUGACCCCAGUUCCAGCAUCAGAAAACCCAUUCAGGGAGAAGAAGUUUUUCUGUGCCAUCCUCUAAAUCUUCACAAGGAGCCUGAAGAGCCUCAGGGCUCCUGGGACACUGAUGUAGAGUUUUUAGCGAAGUGGGCACCUUUCUAGUCCACAGCAUUUAAAGCAAGGGAGGAGAACCAUCCUGGAAGCUCCAGGCUCCGCAUGUUUAAAGAACCAGCCCCCUUUAUGAGAAUGAAAGCUGACCCUCAUCAUGAGCUAAGAGAUCUGAUAUCUCCACAACUGCCUGGAGGAGAGGAAUAUGUAAAGAUAAAAUUGGUGACACUUCCUUUCUGCUGUCCCCCCAAAACCUUAUGUUUCUGCUUCAUAUUUAAAAAAUGAAUAUUAAACAGACAGCUGUGCUGAGCUAAGAUAUGUCUGACCUCCUUGGAAUGAAUAUUGUCUUUAGAAUACCCUUUGAUAAGCUGAGUGUCCAAUGUAGCCACAGUUUGGUUUAAUGACAUUAAUGUCUUUGUGCCUUUCUUUGCUUUCUUUAUUCCCUUUUCCCUCACCUCUCCUCCUAGCUCUCCCCUUCGCCCCCCAAUUAGAGUAGUACAGAGUUAAGGCUCGACUUGUCCGUGAGAUGGAACUCCAAGGGUACCCAAAAUGUUUAUGGAGAUGAUCCCCACAUGUCUCCUCAUGGUAAUUAAAAAAAGAAAAAAAAUGCGGUUAUCUGUGUUCUCUUAUCACUAUUCCUAACAUUUGUACAUGAUAGCUUUGAUUCUGCAAGUAAAACUAAAUGAUGUGUUGUGAUUGGUGCUUUCAUAUAUUUGUGACAAUUUUUGAGUAAUACUGCAUGAAAAUGUCUGUCUGUUACAUCCAUUCAGAAGUUUUGUUGUUCUAUGAAAACGCUGGGAAAAGAAACAAGAGAGAAAAGAUUCUGGAGUGGGAAAACUUAAUGUUUAGAAAAUUGAGACGUCUUCAGCGCCUUAGCCAUGCCUAAAAUAUCUCCUUGUUAACAGUGGUAUAAAUGCCUAUUCAAAAUAUUUUCCAGAAUCCAAAGCAGCAUUUUGGUUUUAUCCAGGAUCCAGGGCAGCACACAUACCACCAGGCAAGAGAUGGAAAGAGUCACCAUCAGCUGGGAGUUUCUUUUGCCAUAGAACAAGCAAGUCCCUCUUCUUUCCCUAAGUCACAGAAAUUCUAGAUUGAAAUAACGCUUUCUGCUCUUCUUAACAAGAAAACCAUGGCCCUCCUUUGUUUGUUAUAGGCUCCAGAGAAGGCGACCCAUU